AUGGCGCCGCCACCCUCCUCUGCCCCCUCCAUCCAACAGGACCGCGAGCCCCUCGGCCUCCCCUUCACCGAGCCACCUACCACGGCCGGCCCUGCUGCGUCCAUGGCUUCGCCCCCGAGCCACGACGCUGCCGAGCCCCUUGACGCCCCGCGGCGCCGAGCCCCGUCCCCGCGCACCCGCCGUCGCGACGCCGCGUCCGCGACACGCCUCGCCCUCGGCGCCUCGGUGUCGCGCACCGAGCCACGACGCUGCCGGAGCCGUGGCCGCGCCACCGCCCCACCUCGUCGCCACGGGGGGGCCAGCCGCGACGUCGCCCGCGCCGCGUCGAGCCCCGCCCAGACGACCUCGACGCCGAGCACCCGCCGCCAUGGAGCGCCCUCGAAGCCGCGGACGCCAUCUCGCCGACCGCUUCACCUCCGCUCUGCCCUCGCGACGUCGACCGCGCCCUCGCCGUUGUCCGCAACGCCGUGCCCUUGUUCGACCCCGACCGCGCCCCAGCCUGCCUCUGCGUCGAACUGCCUCGACGCCGCCGGAGCUCUCGACGCCCAGCCGUCUUCGACCGCGGCCACAACCUCGCCUUCGAGCCCCGAGCAGCAGCAGCUCGGCCACGUCUCCGUCGGACUGCCUCGCCACGCCGCGAACAUCACCGAGCACCCGAUACGCUCUGCACCGAGCUCCGUCCCCGAUCGUGACCCGAAGCCCGUCAACUGCAAGGUCGAAACCCCCCCAAAACCCUAG